CCGGUAGUAAUUCCAAACCGAUGAUUGGGCAAAACGAAAAUUACAAAUUUCAUAGCAUUCGUCGAAAGCAACGUUACUGGUUAGGUAUGGAGAAGGUUUAUUGCAAGGCCCAUGAUAGGGAGUGUAUGUUGAAAACUGGCGUGAAGGAGGGACCGAAUAAGGGCAAAAGUUUUUAUGUCUGCAUUGACAAACAGGGAUGUGAUUUCACCCAAGUGGCAAGCAUUCCAGCAUCUCACUGCCUCCACCACCCAGACUCCAUGGUCGAGCUCCAGGCCAUUUCCCACAACCCAAAGCAAGCCAUCCACAGGUUGUACUACCGCUGUGUGUCAGGGAAGAAGGAGGGUCUGAAGUGGUGUGGAAAUGUUCCUUGGACUGAAGGGGAGAGAGAUCGGCGCAGUCCCCUUGUUAGCCGUCAGAUGCAGCCCUCCGUCUUGCCACCGGUUCGAAACCCGUUCAAGGCAUCAGAAAAAAGCGGGCAGGAGUCCGAAUGGAGGAGGAUCCAGAGCGGAGCGGCGGAUGGAAUGAGAGGACGGCGUGAGGAGCAGGACGAAGGGGGGAGAACGGGCCGAGGAGGGAGUAGCAGUGACGAAGAGGAUGGAGGAGAGAAUGUGGAGUCCUACCGGGGUAAAGCUCUCCCUGCUGGGAUGAAGAUCAAGAAGAGAGGUUCCGAUAAGAAGGGGUGCAGCGCCGACGGCGAGAAAACAAGAACCAUGACAACCGAGGUCGAGCCGAAGGACAAGAGAUGCGACGGAGAAGGAAAGAAAGAGAGAAUACGUUCUGGUUCGACAUACAAUGUUGAAACGCCAUCACCAAACUCCCAGAAUCCUCUUGGAGACCUUCCCCAACCACCACUUGGUCUCAUCAGUGCUGCUGGGUCAAAGGUUAACUCUGUGGAUAGCUCCUCGCCACGUCUUACGGACCCGCCUAGGUCAGCCCUCCCCACUACAGGUGAGAAACCAAACCGGUCCCCAGACCCUGCACCUAAAGACCCCCGAGAGGACCCACAACCGGCCAGAAGUGAGACCACCAACCCCUUGACAUCCUGUCACUCACCCCGAGGUGAGGAAGAGGAGGCAGAGGAUGAUGAUGACGACGAUGACGUCCAGAUCGUCUCAGUGAAGCCCGGCAAGCAGACCACCAGCCCGCCGCUGGCCCUCGUUCAGAAGACCCUCACCGCCUUCCCAGGGUUCAAAGCGGCUCCCCAGGUCAAAGGACAACCGGAUGACCCAAGGGGGCUGCAGAACCUGCUCCUCAACCAGCUUCAACAGAAGAAGGCCACCCUGUCUGUGGUGAACCUUUCUGCUCUGCCAGAUAAGGGCGAAAGACUGAAGUCUCAGGUGAAGGAGCUGGAGGAUUCCCUGAAUUCCCUGAGUCUGACCGUCGCCUCCCAGCCGGAGCCCCAGGAAGAGGCUAGUUCUGAUGUUAAGCCCAGCAGCGGGGGUCACCACCCUCCCAAGCUCUUUAGUCGUGUGGGGGGAACCAUUCUUCUUCCGGGCCCCGGACCCUACCAGCAGCAGGCCACAGGGGGGGGCCUGGAGCUGGGACUGAGUCAGGGAUCCGGCCAGAUGUUUGGAGCCAACUCCAAGGCUCAAGCGUUCUAUGGUGGCAGGAUGACUGAGACCCGGGGAAUCGCAGUGAAGAAUGCCACCAACGAGGCCAUUGACCACCUCCACCGGUCCCUGGAGACCUGCCCUGGACCUGAGCAAGAGGUCCCGGAUCCCAGGGGCAUCAAGGUGCCACUCAUGACUCACCAGAGGCAGGCUCUGGCUUGGCUGCUUUGGAGGGAGAACCAGAUGCCCUGCGGAGGAAUUAUGGCUGAUGACAUGGGUCUUGGGAAGACGUUGACCAUGAUCGCUCUCAUUCUGGCCCUCAAGAAGAAACCCAAAGAGGGAGAAAAGGAGGACAAGAAGGUGGAGAACUGGUUCUCAAAGAACGACCCCAGCCUGGUGGUUUCCAAGGCAACGCUCGUCAUAUGCCCCGCCUCCCUGGUGCACCAUUGGAAGAAGGAGAUCGAAAGACACGUGAAGACGGAUCGACUUAGCGUCUACCUCUACCACGGACCCAACCGGCAGAAGAACGCUGCGCUACUUGCUAGUCAUGACGUUGUGGUAACCACCUACAGUCUCGUUUCCAAGGAGAUUCCUGUUGCUAAGGACGGACCUGGGCAUCACACCAAGGAUUCGGAGUACACGGUGUGUGCGUCGGCGCCCCUCCUCAGCGUGGCAUGGGACCGGGUAAUCCUAGACGAGGCCCACAACAUCAAGAACCCCAAGGUGCAGACCUCCAUGGCCGUGUGCCGGCUGAGGGCACGGGCGCGCUGGGCCGUCACGGGCACGCCCAUCCAGAACAACCUGCUGGACAUGUACUCUCUGCUCAAGUUCCUGCGUUGCGCUCCGUUCGAUGAGUUCAAGCUGUGGAAGUUUCAGGUGGACAAUGGCUCCAAGCGAGGAGGAGAGAGACUCAACAUCCUGACCCAGAGCCUCCUGCUGAGACGCACCAAGCACCAGGCCGACUCCUCUGGAAAACCCCUGGUGUCUCUUCCUUCACGCACCUGCCUGGUGCACCGCCUCACCCUGUCAAAGGAGGAGCAGUCGGUCUACGAUGUGGUCUUCGCCCAGUCUAGGUCUACUCUGCAGAACUACCUGCAGAGACAUGAGGGGAGAGCCAUGGACAAGGCGCACGCCAACGCCCCCAACCCCUUCAACAAAGUGGCCCAGGAGUUUGGUGUAUCGCAGUCGGACCCUAAAGCCCCCAUUACCCAGAAGCCCCAGCAGGGAUCCAGCACCAUCCACAUUCUGUCUCUUUUGCUACGCCUCAGACAGUGUUGCAGCCACCUGUCCCUGCUUAAAAAGACUCUGGACGCCACGGAGCUGGAAGGUGACGGGGUGGUUCUUUCCCUGGAAGAACAGCUCAACGCUCUGUCUCUCUCCACGGGGACCCCUUCGUCCUCAGGCCCCGGGUCCGAGGACACAGUGUCCCUCAACGGGAGCCGCUUCCCCUCCUGCCUGUUUGAGGACCCCAGCAAGAGCACAAAGAUCUCUGCCCUUGUCUCUGAGCUGAAGGCCAUCAGGAAGAGUGACCCAGAUCAGAAAAGUGUAAUUGUGUCACAGUGGACAAGCAUGCUCAAAAUUGUGGCAGUGCACCUGAAGACUCUGGGCCUGAAGUACGCCGUCAUCGACGGCACCGUCCCUCCUAAGAACCGCAUGGACCUGGUGGAGGACUUCAACACCAACCCCAUAGGUCCCCAGGUGAUGCUGGUGUCUCUAUGUGCUGGGGGCGUCGGCCUCAAUCUGAUUGGGGGAAACCACCUCUUCCUCAUCGACAUGCACUGGAACCCGGCAUUGGAGGACCAAGCCUGCGACAGAAUCUACAGGGUUGGACAGCGCAGGGACGUCACCAUCCACAGGUUUGUGUGCGAGGGAACGGUGGAGGACAAAAUUGCCACACUACAGGAGAAGAAGAAGGAGCUGGCCCAGAAAGUUCUCUCGGGCACAGGAAGCACCUUCACCAAGCUCUCCCUGGCUGACCUCCGAGUAAUCUUCGGAGUGUGAGCACGGCCCUGCACUAUGAACAACUUCUCCACAGCUCACUAACUCACUCCCUCACUUUUUGACUUUAUCAUUCAGCUUGAUGGAAAAAAUGUUUCAUAUGGUUAAACUGUUCGUUAUAAUCAUGUUUUGUUUUGUUGUCCGUUUUUUAUAUUCUUGAAUGUUCAACCACUGGCACUAUUGUUUUAUUUGAUUGAAGUGGAUGCUUUGACCAUUGCUGAUGUGUUAAUAAAUCAUAUUAAUUGAA